AUAGAUAUGGAGUUCAUUGAUUUGUUUGGCGCAAAGCCACCUCAGCCGGACCCUAGCAAGCGUAAGCGAAAAGACGGGGGGCGAACGGACGUUAAGAAGACUAAACCGAGCGGACAGGAGGCGGAUGUUGAGAAAGGCAAACUAGCCAAUCUACCGGAUGGUGUGAACUCUCAUCCGCGCUUUGCUUUCACGCAAGUGGGAAGGCCGGUGUAUCGCUUGGGCAACGACAAAUUUGUUUACGUGGGACCAAACACCGACGGGAAGAUCAGUACGAUUCGUAUCGUUUUUGGUGAAUGGAAGGAGCAACCGGACAAUUCCUGGAAAGCCAGCUACGGGAAGAACGUUUCGCUAUCUAAAACCGGUUUUCUCCGUUUGGCCGCGCUCAUGCUGACCGAAAAAGCCGACAUGGAUGAAGCGGCCCGGGCCAGCGCAGCCGAAACUGGACGGCUGACACCGUUGUAUCUGUUGGACAGUAGCAUGUAUUUUGGUUGGAGCCGUUUCAAUGGCACCAACGUGGCCACGAUUCGGCGCUUUGAAGUGAAGGGUGGGGAUAUGAUUCCUACUCGUUACGGUAUCUCUUUCGGUGAACGAUGCUAUGAUGGGUUAAAAGGUUUAAUGAAGGACCUGCAGCUGUUCAAGGACAUUGCCAAAAUCCAAAAGGAACAGGGUACCCAAGACCCAAUCAAGGAAGGACUGACCUUCUCAACGCUGUGUGAAAAUAUUGCUGAUGCUUUGGCGCCACUGGUCAAGCAAUUGGACAACGGACGUUUCAACGCUGUCAUGAAGACAACUAUGUACCGUCCGAUGCGGAAUGGAACGGGGCCGUGGAGCGCCUUUUGGAAUUACGUAUGGUCCAUGGGAUCUUGUUUGGAUUGGAUAAGCUAA